GAAAAAGACAAUAAAAGUCAAAAUGGGUGUGAGCUUAUGCUUCACCACUUCCGCCACUUACACUCUUCCUUCAUUCUCUUCCUCCUACAACAGAUCACCAUCGCUUUCCCAAACCCUGUUUUUCCCAUUUUGCCCCAAGCCCCUCUUCUCCCUCAACCUCAACCUCAUGUCCAAGUCCAAGUCUGGCAACGUUGAUGACCACACGCUCACGUCAUCACUCUUCGAUUACCAUCGCUUCGAUCAUCAACUGCUCCAAUCCAUCGCUUACGAUUCUCUUGUUUGGGCCUCACUUCACGGCCUCCUCGUUGGCAACAAAUCCAUCCAGAAUUCCGGAACUGUCCCUGGUGUUGGCUUGGUUCAUGCGCCCUUUGCAUUGUUGCCGAAUCCAUUCCCUGAGAUUCGUUGGAAGCAAGCGUGUCACUUAGCCCCUUUGUUCAAUGAACUUGUUGAUCGAGUUAGUUUGGACGGAAAAUUUCUCCAAGAAUCUCUCUCCAGAACUAAGAAGGUUGAUGAAUUUACCUCCAGACUUUUAGAUAUUCAUUCCAAGAUGCUAGAGAUUAACAAGAAAGAGGAUAUACGAUUGGGAUUACAUCGUUCAGACUAUAUGCUUGAUGAACAGACUAACUCACUUCUACAAAUAGAGCUCAACACUAUUUCCUCUUCUUUUGCUGGUCUUAGCAGCCUUGUGUCCCAACUUCAUAGGAACACACUAAGUCACUAUGGAAAAUUGCUUGGACUAGAUUCUGAAAGGGUUCCUGCCAAUAAUUCUGUCAACCUGUUUGUAGAGGCAUUAGCUAAAGCUUGGAGUGAGUAUAAUAACCCCAGGGCUGUGAUUAUGUUUAUAGUUCAGGCUGUGGAACGAAACAUGUAUGACCAACAUUUUCUCUCUGUAUAUCUAAGAGAAAGGCAUCACAUUACAACCAUACGAAAAACAUUGGCAGAAGUUGAUCAAGAAGGAGAACUACUACCGGAUGGAACACUGGCUGUGGGUGGACAAGCAAUUGCUGUCAUUUACUUCAGGGCUGGCUAUACACCAGCUGACUUUCCUUCAGAAUCAGAAUGGAGAGCUAGGCUAUUGAUGGAACAAUCUUCUGCCAUCAAAUGCCCUUCAAUUUCUUAUCAUUUGGUUGGUACCAAGAAGAUUCAGCAGGAACUUGCAAAACCCAAUGUUCUUGAGAGGUUCCUUGAAAACAAAGAUGAUAUUGCCAAACUGCGUGAAUGCUUUGCGGGAUUGUGGAGUUUGGAUGACUCAGAUAUUGCAAGAAAAGCAAUUGAAAGGCCAGAACUAUAUGUGAUGAAGCCCCAAAGAGAAGGAGGAGGAAACAACAUUUAUGGUGAUGCUGUGAGGGAAACCCUCCAAAAAUUACAGAAAGCAGGUUCUCAAGAAGAUGCAGCUUACAUUCUUAUGCAGAGAAUAUUUCCAACUACUAGUGCAGCAAUUUUGAUGCGUGAUGGUUGUUGGCAUAAGGAUCAUGCCAUUUCCGAACUCGGGAUAUAUGGUACUUAUUUAAGGAAUAAGGAUAAGGUCAUCAUGAACAACCAAAGUGGGUAUUUGAUGCGUACAAAAGUAUCGUCAUCAGAUGAAGGUGGAGUUGCAGCUGGUUUUGCAGUAUUAGAUAGUGUAUACCUCACUUGAAGUGGUAAGCCUGUGGAGUUUUCAGGGUAACCUUAAAGUAAAAACAUUAUAUUCUUGAUGGAUUGGUUGGUAACAUAUAAUGAAUCUUUGGUCAUAAUUUUAUUUCCCUUACUCCUUAACAAGUUAAGGAAAAGAGGAGACCUAGUUUGUUGUACUGAAAGCCGAAAGGCCUCUUGCUUAAUUCCAUGUUUCUGACCAGUAAAGAUUGAUUAACUGUUCAAACUGCUCUCUUUUGAUGGCAAUGACAUAAGAUGGUAAGCAUCCA